AGUUUCGUUUCUGUUUCUGAGAGAGAGAGAGAGAGAGAGAGAGAGAGAGAGACUACAAACAUGAAACCUGGAUGAAGGCCACUCCCCCAACUCUUGACAGAAAAUUAACACACAAACAGGCGACAGUCGGAUGAAGUCAUGCAGAGGGGUCUCCAGCUGGGCCUGGUGCUUCUGGCGGUCCAGCUGUUCCAGGAGGGUCUGGGCAACAUCCCAGCAGUCACUCUGGCCGUCCUGGGAUUCAAUGUGUAUCUUUACAUGUUCCCUGCUGCUCCUCUGAUGAAGGCCUGUGUGAACCUCCAGUACGUGUACAGGUCUAAAGAGUGGCGUCGCCUCUUCCUGUCCCCCCUGCACCACGUGGAUGAUUGGCACCUGUACUUCAACAUGGUGUCCUUCGUGUGGAAAGGCCUCCGGCUGGAGCGCCGGCUGGGUGGAGCCUGGUUCCUCUACCUGCUGUCGGUCUUCUCUCUGCUCACCGGGCUCGUCUACCUGCUGCUGCAGGCGGGACUCACAGAACUCACCCAGAACCCUGAUCUGUUCCCAGAGGUCAUCGACUUCUUACCUCACGGCAAUGAGUGCGCUGUCGGCUUCUCAGGUGUCCUGUUCGCUCUGAAGGUGAUCUGCAACCAUUACAACCCCGGUGGAGUGACCUAUGUGUUGAAUAUUUGUGUGCCCAACUACAUCGCCAGCUGGGUGGAGCUCGUGCUGAUCUAUCUGAUCGCUCCCGGGACCUCUUUGAUUGGCCACCUGGCGGGCAUCCUGGUGGGUCUGCUCUACACUGUAGGUCCACUGGAGACCAUCAUGAAGACAUGUGCAGAGUUUGUGUCUUCUGAUGGAUAUAAUCCACGGCCAAGUUCAUACUUCAGCUCCUCAGGCUACAGUGGGACUAGACAGGAACAUCGACGGGAAGAUCCACAGCAUGCAGGAGAUCGUAUGACAGAUUACACAGAAGCUGAUAUUGCAGAUAUGACAGAGGAGGAGCAGAUAGAAAUGGCGAUCAGAAACAGCCUGAAUGAUAACGGACGGACCAGGCGGAGAGAGACUGCACAUCCCCGUUCUGGUUUCCAGCCCACUGAGGAGGAGGAGAGGCUUGAGGAGGUCAGGAGGAGAAGACUGAAUAGAUUUGAACAAGAAGUUUCCAACCAGAGGAGGAGAAGAUUGUAAUGUAAUGUACGGCACAUCCCAGCCGUGGUCUUGUUGUUGGAGAAGCUGCUUUCCAUCACUCAGUCUCAGACUCAGAUUGUCUGCUGGGAUCGUCAUCUCAUAGGAGGGCCACUACAAUGUUCAAGACCUACAAGAAAGCACAAUAUUCUGACACUAUUUCCAUUUCUACGAAUAUACUUAACAACAGUUUCUCUGCAUUUUUAUAUCAUCAUUUUAUAUUAUCUUUGAUCGAAGCCAAACAACAAAUGAAAGUCUAAAAUCUGUUCUCUUCUUUCAACCCUUUGCACAUAUUUGCACAUGAAAUAACAUUUUUUAAAUAGAAUUGUGUUUUUAUUUGUAUUGUAUAGGAAGGGUGGUUUUAAAUCGAUAUGAAACAACUAGAAAGAAUAAUAAUCUAGACUUUCAGCUCUUGUUGAGAAGGCACCAGAUUUUUUAGCUGCAUUAUAUUCUGCUCUGUUGAUGCUGGAUUUCACACUGAAUGAAUAUUUGUGCGCUACAAAGAAGCCUGGAAGGGGGAAUGUAGAAGGAGACGUCCUGUCCUUGUGACCAACUCGUGGCCUCUUGUGUUUACUAUAAAGGGUGAUAUUGGUUGAAAUCUCACUAUAAUUUCAGAAAUUCAGUGUUACUUCCGUUUUCCUAAACCUUAAAAUCUGUGCUUUGCCCUCACGUAACCAAACCUUAACCAUAGAUCAGAUAGGAAGACGCUCAUAUGGGUCAUUUUGGUGUAAACCAGUUUGUUGUGGUUCUGUUUUACAUUAUAUUUUUGCACUAUAAAGAUUUACUGCCUUCUAAA